AGCGGUGCACGCAAUGAUGCAACAUCCUACCACGUACAUCGCAGUAUCGUUAAGCGACGUUCGUUUAUGCUUGAGGGUAUUUUCAAAGAGAAGUGUUCUCUUCCGACCGACCAAAUGCUUGUCGUGGAUACUGAGGAUCGCAUCAUUUUCCCUCACAUCACUGACGAGGAUAUGAAAUGCCUGCUCACGUAUUUAUAUACCGGCCAAGUGAUACUUCCGGAGUUUGAUGGAUUUGCACGCGUUGGGCGUGUUUUGUCGCUGCUAGUGGAUCGCGAACAAUUGAAAGACAUUUUCAAGGAGUGGCAAAAAAUGAUUGUCAGUAAUCUUCUGAAAGUCGAAAAGGUUCACUCUUAUAAUCGUAUAUCUCAAAAAUUUUAA